AGCAUUGAUAUAGCACAUCAGAACAUGAAGAAAGGAAAGCUUUUUAUAAACAGAGGCACUGUAGAAAACAGCCAGAUCAACCGAAGCCCCUUCUCCUAUCUUGAGAAUCCAGCAUCCGAACGAAGCAGGUAUUCAUCCAACACAGAUAAAGAAAUGGUGAUGCUGAAGAUGGUAGAUGAGAAUGGACAGGACCUAGGCCUUAUCAGCUGGUUUGCUGUGCACCCGGUCAGCAUGAACAACACAAACCAUCUUGUGAACAGCGACAAUGUGGGCUACGCCUCUUACUUGUUCGAACAGGAUAAGAACAAGGGGAUGCUUCCUGGAGAGGGCUCUUUCGUUGCCGCCUUCGCAUCCUCCAACUUGGGAGAUGUGUCGCCCAACACCAAAGGCCCCUUCUGCAUCAACACGGGGGAGUCGUGCAAUAACCCACAGAGCACCUGUCCCGUUGGGGGGGCAACGAUGUGCAUGGCCGCGGGUCCCGGGAACGACAUGUUUGACAGUACAAGAAUUAUAGGGCAAAAUAUCUACUUGAAAGCAAGGGAGCUGUACGAAAAAGCUUCCCAAGAGGUCACAGGACCCCUCAGCUCAGCUCACCAGUGGGUGAACAUGAGUGAUGUCUCGGUGGAGCUCAAUGCCACGCACACGGUUAAAACAUGUAAACCAGCCUUAGGACACAGCUUUGCCGCGGGGACUAUUGACGGAGUGGGGGCUUUCAACUUCACACAAGGCUCAGUAGAAGGGGACCCAUUUUGGGAUGAAAUCCGGGACCAGCUGCUGGGAGAGCCAUCCAAUGAAACGAAAGCCUGCCACAAACCCAAGCCAAUCCUCUUUAGCACCGGAGAGAUGACUCGGCCUCACCCAUGGCACCCUGAUGUCGUGGACGUUCAGAUUGCUGCCAUUGGAUCACUAGCAAUCAUUGCUGUUCCUGGAGAGUUCACGACCAUGUCUGGACGCAGGCUACGGGAAGCUGUUAAAAAAGAAUUUGAUUCUCAUGGUACACCAAGAAUGGAUGUCGUAAUUGCAGGUCUGUGCAAUGUCUACACUCAUUACAUUACCACCUAUGAAGAAUACCAGGUUCAACGAUACGAGGCUGCAUCAACUAUUUAUGGGCCGCACACCCUUUCUGCUUAUAUUCAACUGUACAGAGGACUUGCAAGGGCUAUUGCUACGAACACAGUUCAGGAUUUGCCGCAUGGUCCAGAGCCCCCAGUUUUCACUAUAGGUAACAUCACCUUGGUGCCUCCUCUCAUUGCCGAUCGCGCGCCGGUGAAUAAGACAUUUGGGGAUGUGCUGCAAGAAGUGAGACAACAGUAUCAAGCGAGAGACGUUGCUGAAGUAACUUUUGUAGGCGCAAACCCCAGGAACUCUGCAGAGAAUGCGACUGAACACAACUUCCUGACGGUGGAGAGAUACGCCAACAGUUCAGACAGCUGGGACGUGGUGCAGAAUGAUGCCUCCUGGGACACCAGAUUUUACUGGACCAAAGGAUUACUUGGUCGGAGCAAUGUGACUGUUGAAUGGCACAUCCCUCAUGGCACAGAGCCGGGCGUCUACAGGAUACGGUACUUCGGGCACUACAAGAAAAAACUGUCCAACACUCACGCUCUCUCCGUUCCAUUUGAAGGCACAUCUUCAGCAUUUGAAAUCACAACUCAGUAG